AUGGUUACUACAACUUCAAAUAGUACUGCUGCUUCUUCAAGUGCUUCUGACAGAAUAAAGGUUAGUGCUCCAGCUCCAUUGAAUAAUAAGUAUAACUUUAGGAAGAAUCCUGGUAAAGGAGGAAUGCAAAUCAUGGUGAUUCAUAACUCAAAUUCAGGUAAUAAAGGCAACAUUUGGUUGUUUUGGAAUAAAAAUUUAUCUCAGCCUCAAGUUGUUUCAAUUUCUAGUCAAAUGGUUACUGUAAGUAUUGGUGAUGUUCUAGUAUCUGGAGUUUAUGCUCAUGUAAAAGUUGUUCAAAGAAGAUUUAUGUGGUAUGAAAUGGAGAUAAUUAGUUCUCUGAAUAAACCUUGGAUAAUAUUGGGUGAUUUUAAUUCAGUGUUACGUCAAGAAGAAAAGGUGGGAGGAAGGCUUCCUAAUAGGACUGCAAUCAUGGAAUUCAAUGAUUGUUUAAAUAAUUUUAAACACUUCCAAAAGAAGUUUGAAUUUCAAAAUGUUCAAAUUGUUGAAGAAUUAUUGGAAGUUAUUCCAAAAGUAAUUACAGAAGAAGAUCAAGCAAAGUUGGAUUCCAUUCCUAAUGCUGAAGAAAUUAAAAAUAUUGUUUUCACUAUGGAUCCAGAGAGUGCACCAGGACCUGAUGGAUUCUCAUUGUUACUGCCAAAGACUCAAGGAGCAAGAACUGCAAAUCAGUUUAGACCCAUUGGUCUAAGUAAUGUCAUUUUCAAGAUCUUCACAAAAAUAAUAACAACUAGAAUGAGUCACCUUAUGGAGAAAUUGGUAUCACCUCAGCAAGUGGCUUAUAUCAAAGGAAGAAGUAUACAUGAGCAGGUAAUCUUAGCCCCAAAAAUGGUUAACGAAAUGAAAUUCAAAAGGAGAGGAAGCAAUGUUGGUAUCAAAUUAGAUAUAUCUCAAGCCUAUGAUUCAGUUAGUUGGGAAUUCCUUAUAAAAGUAUUACAGAAGUAUGGCUUCUCUUCAAACUGGUGUGCAUGGUUAAUUACUUUGCUUGAAUCAGCAAAAGUUUCAGUAAUGGUGAAUGGAGGACCAUGUGGAUUCUUAUCAGUUGGAAGAGGUUUGAAGCAAGGAGAUCCUUUAUCUCCAAUUCUCUUUGUACUUAUGAGUCUUACAAGAUUACUUCAACUACUGGAUGACUAUCAAGCUAGUUCUUGUCAAAUUAUCUAUAAAGUUAAAAGUAAGUGCUUUGAGGAUGGUGCAUCUCAACUAAGAAAACAACUGAUUAGUGAAGAAAUCAAUAUGGAAUUAUCAAAAUUACUUGAUAAAUCUAGCACCAGAUUGGUUUUAGUCAAGUCUGUCUUAUGCAGUGUGCCUAUAUACAAUAUGUCCAUAUAUAAAUGGCCAUCUUCUUUAAUCAAAGUUUGUGAAAGACUUAUCAGGAAUUUUUUAUGGACUGGAGACAGUGAUUGUAGAAAAUUUAAAACUCUAACUUGGAGAAAAGUGUGCAAUCCUUAUGCAGAAGGUGGUAUUGGUAUUAGAAGGCUUGAAGUAAUCAACAAAUCUCUUUUAAUGAAGAUGAUAUGGAGAAUCAUUAACUCAAAGGAAGUAUGGGUAUUAUUAUUUUAUGCUAAAUUUCAAGACAAACAUGGGAAAUGGACCAAUAAUUGGAAGCAAUCUUCAGUAUGGAAAGGAUUAAAAUGGGCAUGGAACUAUCUAAAAGAAGAUGUUAGGUGGUGUGUAGGGAAUGGAACAAAAAUUUCAGUCUGGUAUGACAUUUGGUAUGGUGAAGCUUCAUUAAUAAAUGUAGUAGGCUUGAAUGAUUACAUAAAGGAAAAUAUUGACAUGAAAGUUAAUAUGCUACUGCAGAAUAAUAAAUGGGUGAUUCCAAUUGAAAUGCAAGGUUUUAUUUCUGUGACUGCAUUACCUGAUGUUAGUGGUGGAGAAGAUCAAAGAGUAUGGAGCGCUGAUAGAAGUGGAAACGUUGUAACCAAGAUUGCAGUUGAGAAGAUAAGAGCUAAAAAACCACCUCUCACAUGGAAUAAAUUCAUUUGA